CACUUCAGACUUUCACUCUUCAGCUUUGAAUAGUUCGGUUCAGGCAGCAAAAUGGAAAUGCAGAGCAGAGGCAUGGAGCUGGUACGAACACGAACUCAAGGUCUUUAUCAACAACUAUUUAUUCAGCAGUACAUACUAUUUACAAAUUGAAUUGCGCAUACACGAGAUUAGCUUUUGAUCCAUGCUUUUAUCAGUGGCUUAAUUCAAGAAAUCGUGUGAUCCCUCAUUCAGAAAUGCUUCAAUAGCUUUCAUUAUAGUUGAAGUGAGUAAAGAUCACUUCUUUCUUGUAUGUAAUUUGUGGGUUGGCUGUUUCGAGGCAAAAUAUCAUUGAAAGGGGUAGUCUUGAACCAGUUGGAAAUUCUGAUAGAACUGAUAUGCCCGAGUUAAAUUGCUAGACUUGGAGGUCUAAAUUGUUUGUGGGUUUUCAAGAAGUUUGGUCGAUCGGUUCUGCGGGUGUGGGGAAGUUACUAUGGAUGUGCAUUUGAAGAAUUUGUUUACUAGAUAUCAAGAACAAUUUGGGUGUGGCCCAGGACUUGGUCCUGGAUCAGGAACAUGUUUGUUGAAGGUGGAUGGCAUUACUCCACCUUUUAUUAAGUCUCUGUACAGAACCGCCGCUGCUUUGUACAGGACUGAUCCAUGGAAGUGGUUGCGCCCAGAGCAUUUGUUUGGUAUAAAGGUGGGGAAGGAUUCAGACUGGUCUAGCAGAAAACAGCCAUUUCCUUGUGUUCAGUUUAUUGGUGGGAAUGGUGGGGAUAUAGGGAUUUACAUGUUCAGGGCUCAUGAUGAUGCAAAAAAAAUGACUGCUUCUAGGGAGACUAUUCGAGUUCCAAACACUGAGCUUUUGAGGGUGACUUAUGAGCUGGAGUCAAUCGUGUUCCCUUCAAAUAAGAGAAUGAUAAAGUCAUUAGCUUUGGAGGUCUCGGGGACUGAUCGAUUUCCGGUUAUUGACGUUGUUCGCUGCACGUCAUCUGUUGAACUUCAGUUCAGAAAUCCUACUCUUGAAGAGCUUAAGUUUGCGUAUGCUGUUUUAAGAGCCAUUCCUUUAGUGCAUCCUCUCCUUAGGCAAGAUUAUGAUGCAGCACCAAAGUGGUCUCGAAUGAUGUACUUUGAAUCAUUUAUUGAAACAGUUGAUGUCCAAUGGCCCCUGGAAAUGGCAAGAGGGAAUGAUCUUGUUGCUGUUACAGUUUCACACCCUCCUGGCCACAGGUAUGAGGAACAGAAUAGCUCAACGGCCAGCUCAACUCCUACCAAGCUCUCAGAACCAUCUAAGGAGGAGACUUUAGUUGAUAUGGACUCAGUGGGCAGCUUCAGACUGUGCAUGAUGUGUGAGAAAGAGAUUAGUGGUGAGCAAUCAAUUUGUUGUGGCCGCUGUGGUGCAAUAGUGUAUUGUAGUUCUCUCUGCCAGCAUCAAGACUGGAAUGUUGCACAUAAGGAUACAUGCGCUCUGUGCAAGGCCAUGAUGGAAAGAGAAGAAGAGCUGGCCAUGACAAUUUUUAUGUUCAAUUGUUCGGCGGAACAACCAUGUAAAUGGCUUGAAUCGUUGGGUGUACACCAGAAAGGCAUGUGGAAAAGAAAGUGUAAUUGCUUUUCCCGCUGGUUCUAUGGCUUACUUCCUAUUGAAGGUGACCUUCGUGAUUCAUGGGGUGACCUGGACGACGAUCAAUAUCCUCAUGAUUCACCCAUUGAUGAUUAUACAAGGGACGGUUUGUCAAGCGUAAUCCUCCUUUCUGGUUGGUCUGAGUAUUACAACCUUCGGUCUUUGCCCUUGUCAAGCCCUGUUGCUGACAUUCUCUCUCAUCCAUUGACAGUAUACUACGCAUUAACUGCUCUUAGUGUCAGUUCCAAAAACCUUUUACUGAAAGGCAAAGAGGUGAUUGUUCACUACCUUGGACCUAAAGGGGAGUUGGAUUGGAUGCCAGCGUUUGCGGAGAUCGGUCAUCUGCUCAAUGGUCUGGGCAGUAUACAGAUGUUUAUGAUUGGCCCUGAAGUACCAACAAAUUUAUCUGGGACAACAUCUGGAGUAAGCAGCAGAGUCAGGAUCAAUUUUGUAAGAGGUAUUUAUCAAGAGGAAGUUGCUUACCUUCCUAGUCCGCAAGUUAUCUUGGCUUUAAAUUGUGAGUUGGAGACCAAUGCAAGUUGGGUUGGAGCACUUGACUUGAUAAAUUUGAGGGAACAUCCAGCCUUCUUCUCUUGUCAGUCUGAGAUUUCAAGCUCAAGUGCCAAACAAGUUCUUCGUAGUGCAGGCUUGCAUAUUAGCUAUCCUAUGACACCAAAUCCUUUCAGGUCUCCAGUUAGGAAUUAUGGGCCUUCUAGCAAUUUUCCAUCCUAUAGCAAUGGUUUUCUGCUAGGAGUAAAUACCUGAUCCACAAUUUAUCAGAGAGUACUAACCUGGAAUUAUGGUUUUGCUGUCAUGCCGCAACUUAAUAAAUUCUUGUGGAAGAGAAACACUGAUGAGUAAUCUAAUCACGUUUAGGACAUGUACUGAUUUGUUGUUAUAAUUUUUCUAUUUUUGGCUGUUUUUGCUUGGCCGCAGCUGCUGUAUUUAAUCAACGUUGCAGCCAAUUAUUCAUCUCAGCAAGAUCUUGUCCUUUGUGUAGUUAAUAUGUUGUUGAAGCUCGAAACACCAGUAGUUCUUGGA